AUGUCAUCCAUUACAAACGCUAACUUUUUAAAAAAGGAUUCCCAAAUCUGUCACGAAAAAGUUAUCUUCUUUCCUGAUGUUUUAUUUCCUUGGAGACCAACUAUUUUAGCAUAUGCAUCUUUGUCCAUAAGUAAUAGUAUUGGAUUUCCAAUUGAUGCUGUUAAAACCAGAAUGCAAUCUCGAUAUGAUUUUAAAGGUUAUCACGAUUGUAUUAAAAGAACUUAUAUCUCUGAGGGUGUAAGAGGAUUCUACAGAGGAAUUACGAUUCCUCUAAUUUCCAACUCUAUUUCGAGAUCUCUUACUAUUCUGUUAUUCAUAAAACUAAAGCCAGUAUUUUAUUAUACAGUACCUUGCUUAGAAAUGAAUAAAUCAGUGAUUCGUGAAGCACAGGUAAGCUUCCUUUCAGGUGCCACCUCGGCGGGUAUUAUUUCAAUAUUUACUUGUCCCUUUGACUCAUUGAAGAUCCAUUCCCAAAUUUUAAUUUUGGUACAAAAAGAUUUAUUGAAGAACUCAACUUCUUCCCAGAUCCACUAUUCAAAAGAGCACUUCUCUAUAAUUAACACGUUAAGAAAGGCUGUAAAAUACAAGGGGUUGAGAAGCGUUUAUUCAGGUUUUAAGUAUCAUCUUUCAAGAGACACUUUAUCCGGUGGCAUAUAUUAUUCUAGUUAUGAGGUAACAAAAUUUCUCUUGAGUUCUUUUCCAGAAGCUUCCUUACAAACAUCAAUAUUUAUAGCUGGAGGUAUUGCAGGGGUGCUAGGAGGUUUAGUCGCAUUUCCUCUAGAUACAGCGAAAUCUCUUGUACAAAAAAAUGUGAUUUCAGAUAUCAUCAGAAUCGAAAAUGGAUUAGAUCCGCUACCAUGUAAGGCAAAUAGCAUUAAAAUAUUCCAUGGGGCAGUAUAUAAAGGUAUUACUGCCACUGCAUUCAGGGCAUUUAUAGUAAAUCUGAUUUUUUUUACUAUAUUUGAGUUCUCAAUGGCACGUUUACAUUAG